AAUAGUGAUGGGAUUGUAGAAUACAGAACUAUAAAAACUAAAUUGUUGAAGAAAUAUUUACCUAUACAUGUGGUUGCGUGUAUAUAUACACAUAUACAUAUACACAAUGUUUUAUUUUUCAUUUAGAGCAAUUGAAAUGUUUUGCACUCGUUCUCUAAUGUCGACGCUUUCAGUGGCACACUUCACAACCCAUGUAGGCAACGACCAAGUCUUAUUUUGGAGCUAAGUGAAGCCAACGUUGAGUCAAUGGCACACUCAGCAAUUGGGCCUGUACUAAUUAGGGAUGGCGUAGACACAAAAUGAGCGAUCUCCAUGCACUUCAAGCUCCUCUGAUGCACUACUUUUAGGUUUUCGUCUGUCCGCAUCUCCUUUAGGGCUACUGUUUGCGUACACGAGCAUGUCGAGAAGUAGCGGAUUGCGGAGCAUGUUCUGAUUCUCCCAGCAGUAUUGAAUUUUUCGCAGGACUUGAGGUGCUGGAGCUGUACUUGUCGCUGAAAACCCUUCUCGCACCCGUCGUUUUCGGAGGCUGUGAAGAUGAAUCUUAGCUCAGGGAUUGGGUUGAAGCUAUCUAGAUAUGUAGUCAGACAGAAUGUGCCGCUGCUCUCUGUCACUUGCAAUUUCAAGCUGUCUGUACAUGAUUUGCGAGGCGCAAGGAGUGGAUUCACGAAAGGCGAAGAGUUGCUAGCGAAUUCGCAGAAGCGAGAGCAUUUCACGUGGCCUGGAUCGUUUCGCUCUGCAUCUUCUUCCUCGCUACUCUCCACCGUAAGGUGUUCCUCAACUGAGAAUCGUGGUAGUGUGGUCAGUGGUUCCUCAGCAGAGGACCUUGUGUCGGAUGAGCGGGACGGUACUGAGCAAUUGGGAAGGAGGAGGUUGGUAUUGUAUAGCAAGCCGGGCUGCUGUCUCUGCGACGCUUUGAAAGAGAAGAUGCAACUUGCGUUUAUGCUAGGAGGCGACAACGAUCUAUCAGACGUUGAGUUGGAGGUGAGAGAUCUUACCACCAAUGAAGAAUGGGAAAGGGCGUAUCAAUAUGAGAUUCCUGUCUUAGCACGUCUGAGAGCGGAUAAUUCAGAGGUUAAGUUCCUCUGCCGUUCCUAUUCGUUUUCAUGAGUCUCAACAUGCAAGUCAUUCCAAGGUUUUCUCCCAGACUUACUGUUGAGCAACUUCAAAAGAAGCUUGCUGCCGCUUUGGACUCCAAGAAGUAAAAACAUGGUGAAUUCGUGCCAAAGCUCGUUAGUUGCUUACAGGUCUAUUCUUUGAGCAUCAGAGCAUUUUUAUUUUGUUUUUUGUUUUUUUCUUCACAUUGUAGUGACUCAAGACGAGGAACCAGUGUCCAAAUAAGGAUGGAAUUAUUGGAGAACCUGCGGAUGUAAUCUCUUUUGCAAUGUAGGUAGGCACGCAGUAUUGGGAAGCAUGUUCUAACAGAUUGGACAGCACAUAGAUUCGUUCAACUGCAUAAAGUUCUUCCAUUAGUGAGCAAAAUGAAAGCUAGCAUUUCAUAAUCAAUACUUAUAACUUGAGUUUACAAAUU